GGUUGAUUGGGGUCUUUUUAAGGAUUAUAGGGAGAAAAAAUAGCAGGUGGAGUUUGGAGCCCUGGGAGGGAUUCAGUCAAGGGAUGGAAAGCAAAACCUCAUUGGGAAUGGACUCAGUUGGGGGAUGCAAAGCAAAAUCUCACACCAAUGAAGCAUCGUUGGCUCGAGGAUGCAUUGCAAUCCAUCAGGACAUCCCUGCUGUGGAAUACUUUGGGAUAAUCAGGCACUGCUUCUUCCUGGGGGUGCAGGAUUUGCUGGCUCCUCCUGUGACCCCUUCUCCUUGCAGGAGAAAACCAGCACCGAACGGCAGAAGGUUUUGGGUGUAUUUGAAGGGCUGCGCCUCUUCCUGGAGGAGCAGGAACAUCACCUGCUGGCCCAGCUGGAAAACACGGAGAGGGACGUGGAGAAAACGCAGGAAGAGAACGUCACCAUCCUGACCAAGGAGAUCUCCCACUUGGAUGCCAUCAUCCAGGAGAUGGAGGAGAAGUGCCAGCAACCAGCAAGCAACUUUCUGCAGGACAUCAGGAGCACCUUGAGCAGGUUGGGAAAGGAGAUCUUCCAGCAGCCCACGUUGCUUCUUCCAGACCUGGAAAGGAAUCUCAAUCACUUCAGGGAGAAAAAUAAUGCAUUAGAGGAGAUUCUGAAGAACUUCAAAGAAAUCCUGAUGUUUGAACUGCCUGAAAAGAGUAAGUCCAUCUUCUGGAGCAGGAGGGAUUGAGAGAACCCAAAGGAAGGAUGAGAGCAGCAUGGGAUGGGCUGUGAUUUGGGGGAAAAUCUGGGGAAGAUACUUCUGUCUGAACAAAGCAAUGAAAAAGAGGGGGAAAACAUCUCAAGGAGUCAGGGAAUCCUUUGCCCAAAGAGGGAAGAGGGUCCCAAAGAUGGUCCCAAAGAGGGAAGAAGGUUCCAAAGAGGGAAAAGGGUCCCAAGGAAGGAAGAGCAUCCCAAAGAGA